UAUCUCUCUCUCUCUCUCUCUCUCUCUCUCUCACUCAAAAUAUCUCUUUACUACACAACACACCACUAAAAGAAUCCCAUCUCACAACACAGUGGCAUCAUCAGAUGGUAGUAGAAGAAGAAGAGAAAUGAAGGCAGCUUCUCCUUCCUCCAUCUCCAAUAUCUUAUCCUCCUCCUCCUCCUCUCCCACCACCGUCACCAUCACCACUGCCACCCUCUGUUAAACCCUCUCUCUCUCUCUCUCUCUCUCUCUCUCUCUCUCUCUCUCUCUCUCUCUCUCUCUCUCUAACCCUAAUUACCAUGACCCUGGAGGACUCCCUAAGAUCCCUCUCCCUAGACUACCUCAACCUCCUCAUCAACGGCCAAGCCUUCAGCGAUGUCACCUUCAGCGUCGAGGGCCGCCUCGUGCAUGCCCACCGCUGCAUCCUGGCAGCCAGAAGUCUCUUCUUUCGGAAGUUCUUCGGCGGCCCUGACCCGCCGGGAGGCCUCGACCCCCCAGCAGGCUCCAGGAUGGGCUCCGCGGCUACGGUCGGUUCAGGGGCGUCGUCGCGUGGGAAUUCACAGGUGAUACCUGUGAAUUCGGUGGGCUACGAGGUGUUCUUGUUGAUGCUGCAGUUCUUGUACAGCGGCCAAGUCUCGAUUGUGCCUCAGAAGCACGAGCCCAGGCCCAAUUGCGGGGAGAGGGGUUGCUGGCACACGCAUUGCACCUCCGCCGUCGAUCUCGCCCUCGACACUCUCGCAGCCGCUAGAUCAUUUGGCGUCGAACAGCUUGCAUUGCUCACCCAGAAGCAAUUGGCAAGCAUGGUCGAGAAGGCCUCAAUUGAAGAUGUAAUGAAAGUUCUUAUAGCUUCAAGAAAGCAAGAAAUGCACCAGCUUUGGACCACUUGUUCCCACCUAGUGGCGAAAUCCGGCCUCCCUCCCGAAGUCCUCGCCAAACACCUCCCCAUCGAUGUUGUCGCAAAGAUCGAAGAGCUUCGCCUCAAGUCCUCCCUCGCCCGCCGCUCCCUAAUGCCCCACCACCACCACCACCACCACGACCUCGGCGCCGCUGCCGAUCUCGAGGACCAGAAAAUUCGGCGGAUGAGGCGGGCGCUGGACUCGUCCGACGUCGAGCUCGUCAAGCUCAUGGUGAUGGGGGAAGGCCUAAAUCUCGACGACGCAUUGGCCUUGCACUACGCCGUCGAGAAUUGCAGCCGUGAAGUCGUGAAAGCCCUGCUCGAGCUCGGUGCGGCCGAUGUCAACUACCCGGCCGGGCCAGCGGGGAAAACCCCGCUGCACAUUGCCGCCGAGAUGGUGUCGCCAGACAUGGUGGCGGUGCUCCUAGACCACCAUGCCGACCCCACGGUUCGAACCGUGGACGGGGUAACUCCCCUCGAUGUCCUCCGAACCCUAACUUCGGAUUUCCUCUUCAAGGGGGCUGUCCCGGGACUAACUCAUAUCGAGCCCAACAAGCUAAGACUCUGCCUAGAGCUCGUCCAAUCGGCAGCUCUAGUCCUUUCGCGCGAAGAAGGCAGCGCGAAUGCUCCUUCUUCGGGCGCCAUAUACCCGCCAAUGGGCGACGAUCACAGCAACAGCAGCAGCAACAUGGCCGCGAACCUCAACCUCGAUUCGAGGUUGGUUUAUCUUAAUCUCGGCGCGACGGCACCGGGGCAAAUGGGGUCAAGAAUGGAUGGGGAAGAUGAUCAGAGUAGACACAACAGCCAGAGGGAAAGCAUGAGCCGCCAUGGAGGGUCUCAAGCUGGCUGCGACCCGUCGUUGUACCAUCACCAUCAUGAGUAUUAGUUAACUUAUAUAUCUUAAUUCUCAUCAAUCUCCAUCCACCACAUAUUUGAAUCAAUAUCUAUAUAUAUCCCUCAGUGGGGGAAAAAACUAGCAAUUCAAACUGAUCAUGGAUGAGAUUAUCUUGGAUUAUAUGUGGAUCGAUGUUUUAUUCAUCAUCAAUCACUUGCAAUAUCGAUCUUAAGUCAUUUUCUUACAAUUCAA